AUGGAAGUUGAACAGAACGAAAUAGAGAUAACGGUUGACAAUGCUAGAUCUUUCUUACCGAGGUUACCUUUAUCCAAAGCGAAAAAGAUAGCAAAGAUGGAUUCUGAAUAUUUACUGACCGCAAAUGCUGCUAUGGUAGCAACGACGUUUGCUACAGAAUUAUUUGUUCAAUCCUUAGUAGAGAGUGCAUUGGCAAUGAAUCAAUUGAGUCGUAAUAAUAAAAGUAAACCAGAUUCACAAAAGGUGAAAAAUUCAAGAUUAACUUAUAAUGAUUUAUCUGAAUCUGUAUUAAGACAAGAAUGUUUCCAAUUUUUGGAAGAUGUAAUACCGAAAGUGCAGCCACAAUCAAAGACUAAUAGAAAGAAUCAAGUUGCCAAAAAUUUUGUAAAAUCAAAAGAUAAUGAUGAAAAUGAGGAUGGAGAUGACGUUGAAAUUGAAAUUGAUAAUGAUGAUAUCGAAAAUCAAGAGGAGCAAAAAGCAAAUACUACAGCGGAAAUAAAUGAACAAAAUGCAACAAAUAAACAACAUACAUUAUCUUUCUUUAAAAAAUAUCAAUAUACAUCAACGGAUAAAGGAAAUAAAACAAGUGAUGAGAAUGUUGAAGAAGAAGAAGAAAUAGAAGAAGAUAUUGAAAUGGUUGACGAGAAUCCAGUUAAUGAAACUGAUGAGGACGAAGAUGAGGACGAAAACAUUGAAGAAGAUAGUAUAAUUGAUUCAGAACUUCAGGAACAUCUUUCUCAAGUAGAAAAGUUGGAUCAUGUUAUCGAUGUUGAUGUCGACACAGAAAAGGAUUCGAUGAUACGGGAACGUAUGGCACUAAACAGAAACCAGGAAGAUAAUAACGAUGAAUUGAGUUCGUCUGAUAGUGAUGAUGGUAUAGAUCUGCUCGCUAAGUAG